AUGCAGGGGUGGAGCACAGCUAGAGCCGAUGACGGCGGCGAUUGCAGGGAGGAACGGAGAGGACACCUGCGACGGAGAUGGCACGGAGGAACGGAGCUUCAACGGAUGGCGAUGGAGGAUUUGGCAGUGUGCAUCGAUGAGAAAGAAAAAGGUGGAGGCGUGGUAGAGAGAAGAAAAGAAAGACGUGAACUAGGGCAGUUUUCUAACAAUCCAUCUAUGUUCUCGAUACGAUUCCGCUAUGGUGGAGUUUUUACGAAGUUUCCAGGACGCAAAUACAUCAAAGGGAAGAUGAAAUAUAUUGAUGACAUUGAUAGUGACUUGUUCUCGGUGCAUGAUAUGGAUGAGAUGAUGGAAUUGCUUGAUUGCGUGGAACCAGGGGAUGGUCCUAGUGAAGAAGCCCUUGUUUUUUAG